AAGACACAAAUUACACCCACAUUCAUUUUUUUCCUAAAUCAAGAAAAUUACACACACACACACACACACACACUCUCUCUCUCUCGGAAUCCAUUUCCGCCACCGCAGAUCCAAAGCAGCGCCGCCGUAAUGUCAGACUCCACCGCCUCGGAACACCAAUCGGCGCCCGCACCGUCGUCCGCGACCGCGGUCCACCACCUGUACCCCCGCCGGGAGCCGUUCGAGCACGGGCUGCUCCCCAUCACCAAACUCAUCUUCACCGACGGCGCGCAGACGCUGUCUCAGCUCAAAUCGACUCUCCUAUCAUCCAAUCCGACCGAGCGGGUCGAUUUUGAUACACUGUCCCGAGCCCUCCAAAUCCCCCUCGAGCACGCGCGGCUUCUUAUCGAGACGAUUUCCUCCGUUUUGCAUAGCGAGUCCGAUCCGUUGGUGGAGGCCGGUGGAUCGCCUGAUGGGCUCGAUGGAGUUGGGGUGAAUGUGUACGAUUUACUCGUGUUUCUGUACAUACAGAGUUAUAAGAGGCUGCUGCCGAAAGGGCAUAAGGAUUCUGCAGCUGUGGCCGAUGUUUGGCCGUCGACGUCGGCGUUCGAUGGGGUUUUAUCAACUCUUUCGCCGUUGCAGAGUAGUGAAUUUGAUCUAAUUAAACGUUUUUUUGGGCUGAUCCCCGUUCUUUUACAAGUAGUUGGUGGUUUGUGGUGUGAUUCAGAGCUUGCAAUGGUUCAGCUAUUUAGAUUGGGAAUGCUUAGAAGAUGGUUGGUCUUAGGGAGGUUGGUACGAAGCAACAGUCGUAAGUUUAUACCAUCUCAAGCUGAUGAAGAGUCUCAUCAGCUGUCCUAUUUGCAGAAGCACAUAGGCAAUAUCCUUUCUCUCUUGGCGGACCCCACAGAAGGAGAAGGUGAAGAAUCUCUGGUUCUAUCCAUGGAUAAAUUUGAGCAUCUCGGAUUUCUGCUUUAUUUUGGAGAAAAGGGAUCUGUUAGAAUCCCCUUAAGCCAGAGUACUCCAUUUUUCGCUAAUUCAGAUCCGGACAUGCCUGCUGCACCUGUUCCUGCAUCACAAGUUCUUGACUGGCUUCUCCAAAAUAUAGCCUCUACUCUGGAAUUUAUUUCCGAUAGAGUUUCACCAAAGGAUAAUGUACCAAACAGUUCUUCUGAUCAGGAUGUUCAAAUGGCUGAUGUUGGCACAAGUCACUUGAAACCCUCAAGCAGUUCCAGAGGUCCAAGUUUCAUCGAGGGAAUCUCUAAAUCAUCGUGUGUGAAACAAGCAUCUGAUCUUAAGGGUACAUCUGCAAAGGUCGUAAAUUGCCACGAAUCAGUAAUCUACGUUUUGGCACCAUUGAAAUAUGCAACAGUUUAUGGAUGCUCUGAUGCAACCAUUGUCAUUGGUGCUGUUGGCAAGGCCAUUAGGGUUGAGCAUUGUGAACGAGUUCAUCUGAUAACUGCAGCAAGACGUAUCUGCAUUGCCAACUGUCGUGAAUGUGUGUUCUUCUUAGGGGUCAACCAGCGGCCCCUCAUUGUUGGUGAUAAUCAUAAAUUGCAGACUGGUUCCACUAAGCACAACCCCUUCCUUUUACCGGAUGCAUACCUUCAAUCUCAGCAGAAAAAUAUGAAAAAUCUGGAGGAAGUUAAGCAGAUGUUAAGGGAAACUAACCUUGAAGAUAGCCGGAAACGGGAACUGUCGAGCGCUCUUCAUGCGUGUUUUAAAGAAUGGUUAUACGGUAAUGCCUUCGAAAGAACACGACAUCAGGAAACAUUCGGCAGCUUUACUGCUUACAGGGUGAAUGAGUGCUGUGCUCCGAGUACAACUUAA